AUGUCUAGUAACGGUUUGCCCGAGCCUUGGACGGUCCGUUUUAGCAAAUCUAAAAGUAGACAAUAUUUCUUCAAUCCGCAGACCAAACAAUCUCAAUGGGAAGAACCCGAAGAAACGGACCAUGCAGCGCUCAAAAAAUACCUCGUGGAGCACCCACUGAGGGUAAGGUGCUUGCAUCUGCUUAUCAAACACAAAGACUCGAAAAGACCUGCUUCACAUCGCGCUGAUCCCAUUACAAUUACGAAAGAAGAAGCGCUUGAAGAAUUGUCCGUAUACCAGCGUAAAAUCGAGCAAGGAGAAAAAUUUGAGGACUUGGCGAAAUUCCGUAGUGAUUGUUCAUCUUUCAAGCGUGGUGGAGACUUGGGUUUCUUUGCACACGGCGAUAUGCAACCGUCGUUUGAGAAAGCUGCGUUUGCAUUGAAAGUGGGCCAGAUUUCGGGCCCAGUGGAAUCUGCUAGCGGAGUCCAUCUAAUCAAAAGGGUAGCUUGA